UCCACCCACCUCCCAGCAUGCACCGCAGAGUAGGUACGGCCAUUCAGAGUGUCAGGAAGAUGGCAGGCUCUGGGGCGGAGCCGCAGAUCCUUGUACAGUACUUAGUGUUACGAAAGGACCUAGCGCAGGCUCCUUUCUCCUGGCCCACGGGCGCACUGGUAGCGCAAGCCUGUCACGCCGCCACCGCAGCCUUGCAUCUUCACCGAGACCAUCCGCACACGGUAGCGUACCUCCGGGAGCUGGGGCGCAUGCGCAAGGUGGUUCUCGAGGCUGCUGAUGAGACCACUUUGAAGGAGCUGGCUGAGGCCCUGCAGCAGAAGGACAUUGACCACAUGCUGUGGCUGGAGCAGCCAGAGAACAUUGCCACGUGCAUCGCCCUCAGGCCAUACCCCAAGGAAGAAGUGAGCCAGUACUUGAAGAAGUUCCGAUUGUUCAAGUGACUACUGUUCCGGUAGAACUGGAUGCCAGCUGGGUCCGGGAGCCAAAUGCUCUCUGUCCUGAAGCCCUGUGGACCCCUUUCAAUGUUGAUGUGCUCUUCCCCUCCAGUUAUGAUGGUUUCUUAAGAGCCAGCUGAGAUUCAGAUUAAAGCCAUCAUUAACAAGUACUUCCUAUUAUCUUAAUUAUUGCCUCCAAGUUCAAGCGAGGGAAGCUGGUAAGCAGCAAUAUUAUCUGUGGGGCAUUGAUUAAACAGAAGAUAUAUAUAUAUAUAUGGGUUUGGAAUAAUAGACCUCUUCUAAUCACCCAGGUUUAACAUGUUGUCUUUGAGUUCGGUAUCUAGCCCAUCCCCUCCUGCUUCCCAAUCACUGGCCUCCAGUCUCUAGUGCAGUACCAGAAUGUUCCUGUUCUUCCCCUCUUUGCUGCUUCAUAAAUUCAGUUAAACAUA